AAUAAUUAUAAAUAUUCUGGAUAUUACUGAUCUUAAAUUCAAAUAAACUGCCAAAUCAAGCAUUAGACUUAGAUGAACUAUGGCAUUAUCUUUAAGCCGAAAUCCAAUGGAAAGUUAUGGCAAACAAUCUCCCACAAUUGAAAAUGGUCAUCAACUUCACAAGCGGAUAACCCAAGACUUGUAAAAGACAAGGAAAGAAUCUACGGCCUUUGAAAUCCACGAAAAACGGCUAUGCCUGCCUGCUGUACCUCCCCAUUCUCUUCAUCCGCGGAGACCCGGAGCCGCUUUUCACCCGUUUCUUUGGAACCUCAAACCCCAUCAUAAAUCAUUUUAUCAAAUCCGGUUAACCACAGUUAAAUCCAAAUAAUAAAAAAUUAAACCGUGAUUACCUAACUCACAUUCAUUAUAUCUAUCUCUAUAUAUGUCUAUGUUCACCCGAUACUUUUUGGUUGGCUUCAUUUAUUCCCUUCCCACCGAUCCUUUCUUCACAAGAACGCCCAUUUCUUCUUCUUAUUCUUUCUUAUGAUCUUAUGCUCAAAGGUGUCUCAGGAUGAGUUGUAAUGGCUGCAGAGUUCUCCGAAAAGGGUGCAGUGAAAACUGCAUGCUUAGACAAAGCUUGCAAUGUAUAGAUAACCCUCAAGCUCAAGCACACGCCACCGUUUUCGUCGCCAAGUUCUUUGGCCGCGCUGGCCUUAUGUCCUUCCUUUCCUCCGUGCCCCAGCCUCAGAGACCGGCUUUGUUUCAGUCACUUUUGUUUGAAGCAGUGGGGCGGGCCGUGAACCCCGUCAAUGGAGCCGUGGGGUUGCUGUGGUCAGGAAAUUGGAACGUCUGCCAAUCGGCGGUGCAAACUGUGCUUCGAGGCGGCACGUUGCAGCCUCUCCCCGAAUUUAGCUGCAGUGUUUCAGGGUCAGAUUUUGAGGAUGUUUCAGAAACGGUUGGUGAUGGUGGGCAGUGUUUUCGGACAAGAGAUGAAGAUUUUUUGAAAAGGAAGGGUUUUGGCGACGUGGUUAAAUAUAAAGUGACUGAUCUUGAUCUCUGCUUGAUGAUCGGUGAUAAUAGAGCGGUGAAGAAGAGGAGAGAAGCUACGCUGUCGGAGGAGUCGGAAACAACAACAGUGGGAAGCCGUUCUUCUGCUGAUGGCAUUAGUUCAAAGGGCGGCGAUCAAAAGAAGCUUUUGAGGCUGUUCAUCUGAGAAAAAUUUACUGCAUAUUUUUGUUUGUAAUUUUGAGGCAUAAGUUACUCUGGGAUAAGAUCUUUUCUUCUAGGCAUGAUGAAGUUCGAUGAGUUUUGGUAGAAUUUCCAAUUUUCCUUAUAAGAAAAAGUUUAUUCAUGAAUUAUUGUAGCAGUAGCCUCUAUUUUCCAUUUUCUUUUCAUUUUGGUCUUAUUGAAUCCCAGAGAGAGAAAGUGAAAUCAUUUUUGAUUGUAUCAAUCAAACUAUCCGAGCGUAUGAAUAUCAAAUGGGAAGUGUGGAUAGAAAGAAAUGGCAGAUGAGGGCUUAUAUUUGGUUGUAGGAGGCACUGUCAGCCAUAGAUUUUUCUUCUUGCUUUUGGUCUCUUUAUGAAACCAAUAGUCAUUUUCCUUUUCUUUUCUUCUCAAUUGUGAGUUGUGGUCCAUUGCAAUGCAUUUUGCAAAUCGAUUUGUUGCUGUUUCCCAGCAUCACAACGGUCCACAAACCAAAGAGAGGUCCCUGGGAUGUGGAACCUUCCCAUUUUUCUCUGUCAUUUUCCUUUUUAUUAAACUCCAAUGGCCGCCUGGGGACUGGACUAUAUUGCACUGGACUGGAGACACAAAUACAUUUCAUAUUUGCAAUUUCUUAGCCUCAUAGGAUAUAGAUUUAGCUACUCAAAAAGAGUUCUAGUCUUCAAAGCAAAAAAAAGGAAGCUAGGUAGAACAUAGACAAAGUAAUUAGUACAAUGCUUUUCUACUUUUCUUGCUUCCUUGAACAAAGAAUCAAUAUUUUUAAAUUUUUGGCUUCAGAAAA